AUGUCUAGGUCUUUUGACCUCCGAACAAUAAUCAUGAUCGCCAUUGGUAGUGGGAUCCUGGCAGGCAUGUUUCUACUGAUAGGAGUUGUUCUCUGUCUUUACACCAAAAUAUCCAAGGCACUGAAUUCAACUAGAACUUCAAAAGAAGCAGGUGCUGUAAGCGAUACUGAUCCAUGCAAUCCAGGCAAGGUCACCUUUGACAAGAUCAUCCGGGCCAAACCCAUCGCUGCUGAGUCUUGUCCCACCCUCCAGUGCUGUGAUGACUACAGCAUGUAUGCAGAUAUUGGUACCCUGCCACCUUGCUUUUGUAGCAUAAGUGAAGGACUCUGA